AUGGCCAGCAUUGAUGACCUUUUGCUGGCACAGGAUGCAGAUGAGUCCACCAUCCAGAGCCUGCCAAAAGUCGCCCACGACCCGGCCCGUAUCAAGGCGCAGCUUGAGGAGCAAUACCUCUCACCGUCACCCGAAUUCUCAGACGAGUGGCUGAACCGCCUGCAGCAGCGCUGGGACUAUGAAGUUGACUACUCGUCUCUAUUCCGAAUUGCACCGACGCAAACCAGGACCGUCACGCGUUUUCAGCGCCAGGGGCUCGAGGGCCGCGUCAUUGGCUACAAGAACAUCACGGUUCCCUGCCACAGCGCCAACGCCAAAAACUCGACCAGUCUGCUCCGCAAACCCGCCAAUCGUGCAGACUUCGUCCGGGGCGCCGCUGGAUUCUUUCCCUUUGCUCCCGGCGGCCUAGACGGCAUCGAGGCCACUGCCGCUCUGGAGGAUCAAGUUCUCGCUGGUCCCGGCGGAGACGGCCAGUCGGGGGGCAACAAGCUCGACAGAGUCAUCCAAUUCACGGAUGGAGGGCUACUCCAGCUAGCACCAGGCUUAGAAAGAGGCAUUGACUUUUCAAAAAAGAAGACCCAGCAGGACCAGGAAGCUGAAGAUGCUGUGAAGCAAGUCCUGGAAGAGGCCCCGGAACGUGCCACGGGAGACGAGAGCCCAGAGGACGGAGAUCAACCACAAGAGACAGCGGAAGACGAGGAAGAUGGCCAAGACGAUGAUAUUGACGACAUUCUGCCCGUCGAAUUCCCCUCCCUUGAGCCACAUGGCGCGCUCGCCACGUCUCGUGCUAGAAAGGCGGGCAAGGAAUGGGCACACAUGGUGGAUAUUCGCAAGGAAAUGAGCAACUUCAGAGAGCUAGUGCCUGACAUGGCGCGAGAGUGGCCAUUCGAGCUGGAUACUUUUCAAAAGGAAGCAGUCUACCAUCUCGAAAAUGGUGACUCUGUUUUUGUCGCCGCUCACACGUCCGCCGGCAAGACUGUAGUUGCAGAAUACGCCAUUGCUCUGGCCGCGAAGCACAUGACCAAGGCCAUCUACACAUCACCGAUCAAGGCAUUGAGCAACCAAAAAUUCCGCGAUUUUCGACAGACAUUCGAUGAAGUCGGUAUCCUUACCGGUGAUGUCCAGAUUAAUCCCGAGGCGAGCUGUCUCAUUAUGACGACGGAAAUUCUGCGAUCCAUGCUGUACCGCGGUGCCGAUUUGAUCCGCGAUGUCGAAUUUGUCAUCUUCGACGAGGUCCACUACGUCAACGAUUUUGAGCGUGGUGUGGUCUGGGAAGAGGUCAUCAUUAUGCUGCCUGAGCAUGUUUCGCUGAUCCUCCUCUCCGCCACCGUGCCCAACACCCACGAAUUCGCGUCAUGGGUUGGACGCACAAAGCAAAAGGACAUUUAUGUCAUUUCCACAGCCAAGAGACCGGUGCCCCUCGAGCACUACCUCUGGGCUGGCAAAGAUAUUCACAAAAUUGUGGACUCGGACAAGAAGUUUAUCGAAAAAGGCUGGAAAGAUGCACACACGACGCUUCAGAGUAAGGAAAAGCCUAAGGGUGAGGAGACGACUGUCGCGAUGCGUGGAGGCAAUCCUCGGGGCGGCCAGCGAGGUGGCCAGCAACAGCGCGGUGGCCGUGGCGGAGCUCAGCAACGCGGCGGCGGUGGACAACGAGGCGGGAACCAGAGAGGAGGUCGCGGCGGCAGUGGCCCUCCUCGAGCGAGCCACGCACCAGGCCACAUGGGCCGGUCUGGCAGAACCGGAUUUGCUUCUGCAGCGCAGGACAAGAACCUCUGGGUGCACCUGGUCCAAUAUCUCAAGCGCAACACGCUGCUGCCAGCAUGCAUAUUCGUGUUUUCCAAAAAGCGGUGCGAGGAGAAUGCUGAUGCUUUGAGCAACCAAGAUUUCUGUAUGGCAUCCGAAAAGAGUCACAUCCACAUGAUCAUUGAAAAAUCCAUUGCCCGACUAAAGCCGGAGGACCGUGUCCUCCCGCAAAUCAUUCGCCUGCGAGAACUUCUUGGCCGAGGUAUCGCAGUGCAUCACGGCGGUUUAUUGCCCAUUGUCAAGGAGCUGGUUGAGAUCUUGUUUGCCGAGACGCUCGUCAAGGUGCUGUUUGCCACUGAGACCUUCGCUAUGGGCCUCAACCUGCCGACCAGAACGGUCGUGUUCUCCGGCUACCGCAAACACGACGGCCACUCGUUCCGUAACCUGUUGCCCGGCGAGUACACGCAAAUGGCAGGCCGUGCCGGACGUCGUGGUCUGGACAAGGUUGGGUCAGUCAUUAUCGUGCCGCCGGGGGGUGAUGACGUGCCACCGGUCACAGACCUGCGCAACAUGCUUCUAGGCGAACCCUCAAAGCUCCGAUCGCAGUUUAGACUGACAUACAACAUGAUUCUUAACCUGUUGCGGGUUGAAGCUCUGAAAAUUGAAGAAAUGAUUAAGCGAAGCUUCUCAGAGCACGCAACACAGCAACUCCUUCCCGAACAUGAAAAGGACGUCAAGUUGGCGCAGGCAGAUUUAGACAAGGUAAAGCGCGAGUCAUGCAAGAUUUGCGACACCGCCGUGGAUGAAUGUCACCAAACUGCACAAGACUACAAGCAGCUUACCACCGAACUAUACAAGGGUCUACUCAAGAUCACAAUCGGCCGCCGAAUGUUUUCGCAGCAGCGCAUGAUUGUCUUCAACUGGGACGGCAUCCGGACCGUCGGCAUCCUGCUUACUGAAGGUGUGAGCCCCCGAAGCACAAUUGAGGACCCUACCCUGCAUGUUUGCGCGCUCAAGCCGCUGCGGGAUCGUCGCGACGGCACCGACCUGCUGCCGUUCCUACCGGAGUACCGCAAGUACCUGCAUAAGCUUCCACAGGGUCGAAAGCGCAUGCACACUAAGACGCUGCAUGUUCCGCUGAGCGACGUGGAUUGCCUGACGCGAUGGGUGCUCAAGGGCACGGUGCCCGACAUCAUGAAGCGCGGCGAGGUGGCCUUGCAGGCGAUUGACAAGCUACAAGAGAUUUGCGCCUCGUGGGACGACAAGUGGGAUGAGGUGGACAUGGCCAAGAUCAAGAGUCUGCAGCUGCAGGAGAUCAUGGAGCAGCGAACACAGCUUGCCAAGAAGAUGAGCACGUCGCCGGCCAUGUCGUGCCCUGCUUUCCUGAAGCACUUUGCCAUGUGCCACGACGAGUGGCUCAUCAAGGAGCACAUCCAGCAGCUUAAGUCAUCCCUCUCGGAUCAGAACCUGCAGCUACUGCCCGACUACGAGCAGCGGGUGCAGGUGCUCAAGGAACUGGGUUUCAUCGACGACGCGACGCGCAUCCAGCUCAAGGGCAAGGUGGCGUGCGAGGUACACUCAGGCGACGAGCUGGUGCUUACGGAACUCAUCCUCGACAACGUGCUGGCCGAUUUCGACCCGGCCGAGAUCGCGGCGCUGCUGUCGGCGUUUGUGUACCAGGAGAAGACGCUGGUGGAGCCGGUGCUGACGGGCAACCUGGAGCGCGGGCGGGAGCGCAUCGUGGCCAUCUCGGAAAAGGUCAACGACGUGCAGACGCGGCUGCAGGUGAUCCUGUCGUCGGAGGACUCCAACGACUUCGUGUCGCGGCCGCGUUUCGGGCUGAUGGAGGUGGUGUACGAGUGGGCGCGCGGGAUGAGCUUCAAGAACAUCACGGGGCUGACGGACGUGCUGGAGGGCACCAUCGUGCGCACCAUGACAAGGCUGGACGAGACGUGCAGAGAGGUCAAGAACGCGGCGCGCAUCAUCGGCGACCCGGACUUGUACCUGAAGAUGCAGCAGGCGCAGGAGAUGAUCAAGCGCGACAUCACGGCCGUGGCGAGCCUGUACAUGUAG